CCGAGUCCCCGACAAAACGCCCCACUGCACUGCACCUCACCUCACCUCACCUCCUCCCUCGGCGGAAACAUCCCACUGCCCAGCCCCUCUUCACGUCUUCCCUCCUCCGGCCUGUGUUACUGCCCUCUGUCUGCUCGACCAGCUUGGGAGCCUGGCUGUCCGCUCUCCGAUCGAGUACGGAAGCCUCGGCAGCUGGAGGAUCUGUGGCCUGAGCGCCCCCGCCGGACGACGGGAGAGAGGUACGUGCUGCUGCUUUCCUUCAUCUCCUUCCUUGGGUAGCUGGUACUACUAGCUCGGGGCUUGUGGCGUGUCAGCGUGUGCGGUUUGGCGAGUGACGACGGAAGAAGCUGCUGUCUUCGCUCUUGCUUUGCUUCAAUCUUCAGGUACUUGAAGCUCCUCUGCUGUUAACUCUGCAUGCUCGUGUUAGCCCCGCUUCGGGUGCAGAACUCGUACUGGUCCACAAUCCCCGUAGGUUCUUCGUACAGCACAUCCAGCCGCAUCAUUCAUGCCUCGCUUGUGAGGAGGUCGUUGUGGGGGGGAAUUUCCUGUUUCUGUUUUUUUGAGACCAUGUCGUCAACCCAUGAGGUCUUAGGAUGCUCACGAAGUGGUGGUGGUUAGUACGCGGAUUUCUCGAUCCGCUAUCUAAAAACAACAGCUGAUCUACAAGCUUUUGACCACCUAAUUUUCUGGCUUUUUUUAAGAUUCUUGCGCGGGGGGUGGGUUGGUUGGUUCAACGUGCGGGUCAAACUCCCUGUGCCGGGGUUGGAAAAAUCUUGUGUUGACUGUUCGGACCAGUCCUCGGCAUGUACUCCUGCCUGCAGGACAGCAGGAGACUGUACGGAACAUCCCUCACCAAUGACGCAGAAUCACGGUAGGUUUUCUCUUGUCAGCCUUUCAGGUUUUGCUACGGCCCACCUGCGUUGCGUUGCGUUCCCUCUCUGCCAUGCCACCAGGAAUUUGGAGAUAGUUGGUCGCGCUUGUGUCUGUCGAGGCUCGGUGUGUUACUGUGGUCCUGUUUGGAUGCAAAUUUAGUGGGGAUUGUUAUAAAUGAAUGCGACACAAAUAGGAUCAAUCACAGAGAAGACACGGAUUUAACGUGGAAAACCCCUCCAAAGUGAAGCGGUUCUGUUUCAUCCUCAUAUAACAGAGGACUAGAAGACAUCCACACGUACCAUCAAUCAAAUUGCAAAUCUCUGAAUUUACCUCAAAAUCGGACGUGCCUGUUGUCAUAUACCAGAAGCAAUUGAUAACUUGGAGUUGUAGUAGUCUACCGUACUCUCUACUGAACAAGUAUGGCCGACCCUCCAACUUCCCGCAUGGUGCAGCACCCCUUCGGCGACAUCCCAAGCCAGACUCCCAAGCAAUUCCUAUACUCUGGUAGCUCACAGCACCUCUGCCAUCCAUACCAGUCAGCUUCGGACGCCCACGUCGCGCCGCAGCGUCACUACACCGUGAGGUCUCAGUCUCAGUCUCAGUCACCGGAUGCUGGGUCUGAAGACUUUGAGACGCACAGCAGGCAGUACACGCUGGACUCCUCUUCGGCUUCCGGUUGCUCAGGGCACGGUUCUCCCUCCUGUCAGAGUGUCCAUGCCGGGAGUCGCAGCCCUGUGUCUCACUCUCAUGACGACAGCCACUCCGGCUCCACCAAUGGCAACGGAUCGCCUGCGAGCGCGUCGUGUGUCACCGAGGACCCUACUGACCUCAAGCAGAAACUGAAGGAUCUUGAGGCUGUGAUGCUGGGGACGGACACGGACCCAGAGACCGUGGACAGUCUCGAGAUCGCCAUAGCGGACCGGCUUUCGGUGGAGCCCGAGGAGUGGAAGAACAACAUGGUGAGCGUGCCUAGAGGGGACCUGAAGGAGCUGCUGAUCGCCUGCGCCAGGGCAGUGGAGCAAAACAACGGCUACUCCAUCGACCUGAUGGUCCCAGAGCUGAGGAAGAUGGUGUCGGUGUCCGGCGAGCCGCUCGAGAGGCUGGGAGCCUACAUGGUGGAAGGUCUCGUCGCCAGGCUCGCCGCCUCUGGCAGCUCCAUCUACAAGGCUCUGAGGUGUAAGGAGCCCAGGAGCUCCGACCUCCUCUCCUACAUGCACUUCCUGUACGAGGCCUGCCCCUACUUCAAGUUCGGCUACAUGUCGGCCAACGGCGCGAUCGCGGAGGCCGUCAAGGGAGAAGACAGGAUCCAUAUCAUCGACUUCCACAUCGCUCAGGGGGCGCAGUGGGUCUCUCUCCUCCAAGCCCUUGCGGCCCGGCCUGGCGGGCCACCGUUCGUGAGGGUCACCGGCAUUGAUGAUCCCGUUUCAGCUUACGCCCGAGGCGGCGGCUUAGAGUUGGUCGGCAAGAGGCUGUCACACAUCGCUGGCCUCUACAAGGUGCCCUUUCAGUUCGACGCGGUCGCCAUCUCCGGCAGCGAGGUGGAGGAGGGGCAUCUGGGCGUCGUCCCUGGCGAAGCCGUCGCCGUCAACUUUACUCUAGAGCUGCACCAUAUCCCCGACGAGACCGUGAGCACGGCGAACCACAGGGACCGGGUCCUGAGGCUGGUCAAGGGCCUGUCGCCCAGGGUGCUCACGCUGGUGGAGCAGGAGUCCAACACCAACACGGCCCCCUUCGCGCAGCGGUUCGCGGAGACGCUGGACUACUACGCGGCCAUCUUCGAGUCCAUCGACCUGGCGCUGCCCAGGGGCGACAGGGAGCGGAUCAACAUCGAGCAGCACUGCCUGGCUCGGGAGAUCGUCAACCUGGUGGCCUGCGAGGGCGAGGAGCGGGUGGAGCGGCACGAGGUGUUCGGCAAGUGGAAGGCGCGCCUCAUGAUGGCCGGGUUCAGGCCGUCCCCGCUCAGCGCGCUGGUCAACGCCACCAUCAAGACGCUGCUGCAGAGCUACUCGCCGGACUACAAGCUCGCCGAGAGGGAAGGCGUGCUCUACCUCGGCUGGAAGAACAGGCCCCUCAUUGUUUCAUCGGCAUGGCACUAGUGUUGGCCUCGUGGAGAAUGUUGGCCUCGUGGAGAAUGUUUCUUGUGACUUUCUACCUCGUUGUUAGUAUAGAUAUGCUUGGCUGAGCACUAAAACUAUAUAUAGGAAGCCUGUGGUGGUACUGAGUUGUACAACACCUAUAACCUAAUAACCUGAUGUUGUGAAUUGUGAUGGCAGUCACUACCAGCCUGAUAAUGUGUAGCAGUAAGUUCGAGUAUAUGUUUCAGUUAAUCGAUUUUGCUUUGAAAA